UCUCUCUCUCUCUCUCGUUCUCUCCAGGGGCCCGGAGGAGGAGACAGCAACGGCUCACCGCCCGGUGGCGAAGGGACCCGCGGCGCCAGCGAGACGGGCCCUCCACCCACCGCGGGCCCCGCCGGUCGCUGUACUGCUCUCCCCCCUCCCUCCUCCUGCUCCGCAGCAUCAUCGUCUCUCUCCACUCCACCCCCUUCUUCUCCUCGCUUCGAAGCCAAACCCCAGGAGAAGGGGGAAGCAGUAACAGCCACCACUUGGGACUUGGGUUCAUUCAGUUCAGCUUCGCCUUGAUUGCCUUCCACACCACCACCACCGCUGAAGCGAGGGGAGGGGAGGGGGAGGGAGACGAUGGCGAGCAACGGCGAGGAGAAGAGCCGCGUGGCGGCGGCGGGGUACGGCGGCGGCGGCGGCGGCGGGUACGGGUACGGCGCGUACGAGGGGCGGGACGAGAGGAAAUGGUGGCCGUGGCUCGUGCCCACCGUGAUCGUCGCCUGCAUCGCGGUCUUCAUCGUCGAGAUGUACGUCAACAACUGCCCCAAGCACGGGAGCGCGCUCGGCGGCUGCGUCGCCGGCUUCCUCCGCCGCUUCUCCUUCCAGCCGCUCCGCGAGAACCCGCUCCUCGGCCCCUCUUCACCCACUCUGCAGAAAAUGGGAGCUCUUGACUGGAACAAAGUUGUUCAUCAGCACCAAGGAUGGCGUCUCAUUAGCUGUAUCUGGCUCCAUGCUGGCCUAAUCCAUUUGGUUGUGAACAUGCUGAGUUUACUAUUUAUUGGAAUCCGCCUUGAACAGCAAUUUGGGUUUGUUCGCAUUGGUGCCAUAUACCUACUAUCUGGUUUUGGCGGGAGUGUGUUGUCUGCACUUUUCCUUCGUAAUAACUACAUCUCCGUUGGUGCCUCUGGAGCUUUAUUUGGACUGCUUGGAUCCAUGCUUUCUGAGCUUAUUAUGAACUGGACUAUUUAUUCCAACAAGGCAGCAGCCAUAAUAACUCUUCUGUUCAUAAUUGCAAUCAACUUGGCUAUCGGGAUACUACCUCACGCCGAUAACUUUGCUCAUAUCGGCGGGUUCGUGACAGGCUUCCUUUUGGGAUUUGUUUUGUUGGCAAGACCACAGUUUGGUUGGAUGGAACGCCAUGAGUUGCCCCAAACUAAUCAACCUCCCAAAUACAAAGCAUACCAAUAUGUUCUGUGGGUUGUGGCAUUUGUCUUGCUGCUUGUUGGGUUUGUGGUUUCACUAGUGAUGCUUUUCAAGGGUAAGAAUGGAAAUGACGGCUGCCACUGGUGCCACUACCUGAACUGCGUACCCACAUCGAAGUGGAAGUGCGAUACCUAAGGAGACUAGGUUUCUGUUGAGUUUUCGGCGGAAAUACGUAGUGUUCAGAGGACCAUUUUAUGCUUGUGUGUUUGUAGAUAUAUGAACUAAUCUGUUAAUCAUGUUUGUUCUUUACUGUAUUGCGAUUUGUUCUCUUCUUUCUGUAAAUCUGUUCGUCGGCCACUGAAGUCUAUAGUUUGAUCGUUCUAGUUCCUUUU